AUGAAAGUGGCGAUAUUCGAUUUUGAUGGAACAAUUGUGUACUCUGAAUCAUUAUGGAUCGACACAUUUGAUCAAUUUGAAAUGGAACUUAAACUACCAAGAACACCAAAAGAAGUAAGGGCACACCAAAUGACACAAUCUGUGCUUAACCUUGCCAGAUUGUAUUACACAACUUAUGAAGAUGUAAGACAACAAUACAAAAGUGCAGAUGAACUUGCAUCUUAUUUUAACGAGAAAACAGAAAAGAAAGUUUAUUGCCAACAACCAAUAGAAGGUGUAUGUGAAUUUAUUGAAAAGUUACACAAAAACAAUAUCCCUAUUAUCAUUGCCUCUUCAGGUAGAAAAGAACAUAUUGAAAAAUAUCUUAAACAGUGGAAUAUUAAAGUUAACGAUAUUGUCACAGGACUCGAUGUUCUUCAUCCAAAACCAUCUACUGAUAUUUAUUUUGAAGCAAUGAAAAGGAGUAGAAGAACAGUUAAUCCAAAUGAAUGUUUUGUAUUUGAAGAUAAUCCAAUACCUGCAAUAAAUGCUCAUCAAGCUGGAUUUAAGGUGUGUAUGAUUAAAUGUAAUAAUUAUUCUAUUUUUCAAGAACCAUUUGACUUUGCAGAUAUUGUUAUAACAAACUACAUUAGAAUUAAAGAAACAUUAAUUGAAGAAGAGUAA